UCGUGAUACCUCUCGAUUCCCCCUACGCAUGUACACCAACAUCACCAUCAUCCACCACUCACCGCCAUGUAGAGGAGGAGCAUACAGAGCAUAUAUAGAGCAUAUACAGACCAUAUAGAGCAAGAGCAACAGCGACAGCUACAGCCAAGAGGAGAGAGUGAAGGAGAGGGAGCUGCUAACAGACUACGAUAAAGGCCACGGCAGGGCCGACCAAAUGGCUGCGACAGGAUCUCCUUGUUUCCUUCUCGAGACGAUUCUCUCUGCCUUUCUCUCUCUCUGCUACUCCUUUUCUCUGGGCUUUCUCGGCUUCCCUUUUUUUGUUGUAUGUGCUUGAUUCGGCUGCGCCGCUCCCUCUCUGCCUCCUCCUCGGCGUUCCGUUUGGCCUUGUUCUUCGACGGCGAAUGGCGUCCUGUAAGGACAACGAGCAGGACCAGCGCGUCCAUGGAAUCGCCGCUGCCAUCCGCGUCGUCCCCGAUUUCCCCAAGAAAGGAAUCAUGUUCCGGGACAUCACGACGCUUUUACUUAAUCCGAAAGCCUUCAGGAACGCCGUGGACUUGUUCGUGGAGCGGUACCUGGGGAAAGAUAUCACCGUUGUCGCUGGGAUUGAAGCUAGAGGCUUGAUAUUUGGGCCACCAAUUGCUUUAGCAAUUGGUGCAAAAUUUAUUCCAUUGAGGAAGCCAAAAAAAUUACCAGGUGAAGUCAUUUCUGAGAAGUAUGAUCUGGAAUAUGGAAGUGAUUGUCUCGAAAUGCAUGUUGGCGCAGUCCAACCCGGAGAUCGUGCUCUAGUAGUUGAUGAUCUAAUAGCAACUGGAGGAACACUCUGUGCUGCUAUGAAUCUACUCGAACGUGCUGGCGCAAAUGUGGUUGAAUUUGCAUGUGUGAUAGAGCUUCCAGAACUUAAGGGGCGAGAUAAGCUAAAAGGCAAACCGUUGCAUAUUCUGGUGGAGUCCCGUUGAGUCUUCCGCUUUCGCUCUAUUAAUCAGCUGGGUGUCUACUUCGUCGGCUCUAAGCAUUUGAGUAUUGGGAGAAGCUCUGGAUUGGUUAUCGUAGCAUUGAAUUUUGAUGAGUUUGUUGUCUGGUUUCUUCUUCAUCUUUGGUUUCACAAAGUUUCUGUUGGAACUUCACUCUAGAUUUUAGUAAAAGUGAUCCUUCAAAUCUAUAAUCUUAGUUUGUAAAAGUUAUCCUUGAAAUCUAUAAUCUUAGUUUCUUCCUUGGUGAA